AUUUUUAAAGUCUGAAUUUAUUGUGUGACGAUCACGUGCGAUAACUUUCAUGACAAAUAAAGAAUAUUGAACCAUUGAAUAUCCAUAAAAAGUUUUUAGACAAUUGAGAUAAUUUUUGUUAGUUUUUAAAUAUUUGGUAAUUAAUUCUACCAUGAAAUCUGCGAAUUCAAAACCACCUGUUAUACGAAAACACGGAAACCGACCAAAAUGUGAUAAUGAUGCAGCUAAGGAAUCUGUUAAAGUCUUCUGCCGUCUGAAACCAAUGGUUUGCCCCAACGAUGUAUCUUGUAUAAAAAUUAUUUCUAACACAAGCUUGAUUAUUACACCAUCAGAAUCAGUAAAUGGUCGUAAUGUAAAUAAAGCUAUUCAAACGUGUUUUAGUCACGUUUUUGGUCCAAAUACUUCUCAAAAAGAAGUAUUUGAAAUAGUAGCACUGCCACUUGUUAAAAAUCUUAUUAAUGGUAAAAACAGUUUACUUUUCACAUAUGGAGUGACUGGAAGUGGCAAAACUUACACUAUGUCUGGAAAUCUGCAUGAUACAGGAAUCAUGCUUCUUAGUUUAAAUGUUCUUUUUAAUAGCAUAGCAAGCUAUCAAACAAAGAAAUUUAUUUUUAAACCUGACAAACUAAACAGUUUUGACAUACAAAGUGAAACUGAUGCACUAUUAGAUAGGCAAAAUGAACUUCAAAAACUUGUUGCUUCUUGCAAUGCAAAAACUCCUAGACAAUAUAAAGAAGAUAAUAAUAAUGAUAAGAAUGAAAAUAAUUUUAAUAAUGAAUCUGAGACAUUAGAUGUUGAUGAAGAUAAUGCUUAUGCAGUUUUUGUAACAUACAUAGAAGUCUAUAACAAUAAUGUAUAUGAUUUGUUGGAAGAAAAUGAAGGAAAAGCAAAGUCUUUACAGAGUAAAAUUAUUCGUGAAGAUGGAAAUAAAAAUAUGUAUGUUCAUGGAUGUACAGAAAUAGAAAUAAAGAGCUCAGAAGAAGCAUUUGAAAUAUUCCAACGUGGCCAGUAUAGAAGGCAUAUUGCACAUACUAAUCUUAAUGCAGAAUCAAGCAGAUCUCACAGUGUUUUUACUAUAAGGCUUGUUCAGGCACCAUUAGAUAAGGAAGGUGAACAAAUUGUUCAAAAUAAACGAGUAAUUUGCAUUAGUCAAUUGUCUUUAGUAGAUCUAGCUGGAAGUGAACGUACAAAUCGUUCAAAAAACACUGGACAAAGACUUAGAGAAGCAGGAAGUAUAAAUAAUUCGUUAAUGACAUUACGAACUUGUUUGGAAAUACUUCGUGAAAAUCAGACGCAAGGUACAAAUAAAAUAGUCCCUUAUCGAGAUUCUAAAAUAACGCAUUUAUUUAAGAAUUACUUUGAUGGUGAGGGAAAUGUUAGAAUGAUCAUUUGCGUGAAUCCUAGUAUUGAUGAUUAUGAUGAAACUAUUCAAGUACUAAAGUUUGCUGAAAUUAGUCAAGAAAUACAAAUUACAAAUUCAACAACUUCAAAAUUAGAUUUAGGAUAUACUCCUGGUAGAAGACAAGCUAAUAAAUUAUUUAAAGAAGCAAGAAAUAGAUUAGAAAAUGCUGGUAAUCCAGCUGCUGCUAACUUAGAAGUUGAUUUGGGUUUAGUGUAUAGUCUUGGAGGUCCAUUUCCAGAAAUGGAUAUGACAAGUCCACAUAAUGAUGAAUUAAUUACUGCGCUUAUACGUUUUUUAGAAUUGCGUAUUCAAAAGAGAAAUAUUUUACAAGAGGAUCUAAAACAAAAACAAACGAACUUUAGGAAUAUGCUAGUAAAGAUGGAACGAGAAAAUGUAUCUUUAAAAAUUGAAAACUGUACAUUGAAAACAUCAAACGAUCAACAACAGAAAAAAAUUUCUGCUUUAGAAGCUCAUAUUUGUAAAACGGAAGCUCAAAUUGACACACUACUAUACAGAUUGAAUAAUGCAAAUGAUAUAAUCAGGCAUAUGAAGCAAGAAUUACAAAACAAAGAUAUGUUACUGAAUCAACAGACAAUAGAGAAACAAAGAGUAAAAGAAAAAUAUAACAAUAAAAUUCAAGCAGAAACUGACAAAAUAAGCAAAGAACUGGAAAGCAAGCUUCGUAGACAACGUGAACUUCUUCAGAAUCAAAUGAAAGAAAAAGAAGACAAACUGAAAUUAGUAAAACAAAUACUAGUAAAUGAUAACGAGAUAGAUACAAAAGAUAGAUCAGAAUCUAAGGGAACAAUUCAAGUUCAACAAGGCGAAGUUGAAAUGCCUACAAUAUCGAAAAUUAGUACAACUACUUCAAACACUGUCCCAGAAAAUACAAAAACUAUAAAAACUAUUUCUACAAUUAAAUUUGAAGAUAGUGAUACUCGACCAAGUAGAAAAGAUAGAAUUCCAGUAGUGAAUCUGCGCUACAGACGAUCUCAUAGUGCAGAUAGAUGGAUUGAUCAUCGACCUCCUGGAUUAGUUCCGGUUGGCACUAUUCUUCAACCAGUUAUUCGAAAUAAACUAAGCAUCACACAAUUGACAGAUCCAAAAUAUAUAACAAAUAAAGCAUCCAGAUAUUGUCUUAUUGCACAGGAACAAGAUACAGAUGGUGAACUUGAAACUAAAUUAUACAAGGGAGAUAUAUUACCAACUAGUGGAGGAGGUGCUCAAGUAGUAUUUAAUGAUCUGGAACAUUUAAAACAAGUUUCACCUGUUGCAAGAAGGAAACGCAGCGGUUAUUUGAGCCCAGGAAAUAAUUCCACUUCUCAAGAAAAUUGUGAUUUAGGAGAAAAUAAUUCAAAAAAAAUCCGUAUAUAAUUUAUUAAAAAAAUCUUGGACGCAUUAUUGUUUUAUAGAGUAUAUAUAAAAACCAAAGACAUGAAGAAAUGAAAUUUU